CAACCCAACACCAUUUUACAAUACACAUUGAAAAGGGAGCAACCACACAUUAGAGAUUCAUUAGAGUGUGAAGAAGAGAUAAUAGGAGAGAAGAGAAGAUUGUAAUGGCAGAUUGGGGUCCAAUUUUUGUGUCAGUAGUGCUGUUUAUUCUGUUGACACCAGGGUUGCUGAUUCAGAUUCCAGGGAGGAACAAGAUGGUGGAGUUUGGGAGCUUCCAGACAAGUGGUGCCUCCAUUGUUGUUCAUUCUAUCAUCUACUUUGCUCUCAUUUGUAUCUUCUUGUUAGCCAUUGGUAUUCACAUGUACUUGGGUUAAUCAUAAUUCAUAAGUUCAA